AUGGGACUCAAUGGAGGAUACAAGGUACUAUGUCUGGAAAGAGCUGUAUGUAAGAGACUAUUUGAAUAAAAAAGUAGAAAUAAAUGUAACAGUUACAAACUGAGUUACUAUAGUGUAAAGGCACAUGUUUAGAUAUUAAAGAUUAAUUUGUUUUCAUAUUUUAAUAGGGAAAUACCAAUAAAUGUACAUUACAAGAAUCUACAAGUGUUGGCAUUGAUAGUUGUAAUAAAGUAUCAACUGACAUGUUUGAAAUGGAAAAAUUCAUAAAAGUGAAUGACGAAGAAGAAAAAAGUAAAUAUCAUUGUGGCAAUUAUCUUUUGAGUACGUAUUUUUCUCUCUUUUGUCCAAUCUCACCGCCUAAAUUUAUCCACACGCAAAAGAAAAAUAAGGUACAACAAAUUUUGGUUCAGGAUAUUUAUGUUAACUCAACUUGAAUUUAAAAUUUGAAUACAAUCUCAUAAUAAGAGUACGGAUGUUGUUUCAUUUGCAACUUUUUUUCCAUCUUUUCAAUUUAUUGCUAACUAAGUUUCAAAUACGUUUCAUGUAGUCGACACUCGACAAUCGUGUAGAUAAGAUUAUACUAAAACAGGGAUGGGCAUCCCAAAUGUACUAAAGGGCCAGUUUUUGACAAUUAAAAUCUAUGCGAGCUAGAGCAUAGCAAAAAGAAAAAAAAAAUUAUUCAAAGUAUAUAUGUAUUUAAAUUAGUAUUUAUUUAGCAUAAUUUGAAUUAACAGUAAAUAUAAAGAAAGGUUAUUGAAAAUAAUUAAAUUAAAUAAAAUAAAAAUAACACUAUUACUACUUGUUCAAUGUGACAUUUGUGACUGCUAAUGAUAACGCAGCAAAAUCGAUUACUAUUUCAGAAGUGGAAACACAAAGUAGGUGACUUAAUGUUUCAUCAGUAAGACAAUUUUUUUGCUUUGAUUUUAUAUGUUUCAUAUUUGAAAAUGUACAUUCACAAAUGUAGGUAGUUCCAAAUAUGGAUAACAUUUUUAACGCAAACUCUCAUAAAAGAGGAUAUUUGUUAACAGGUAAUUUUUUUCAAAAGCUUACAUCAAUAUCUUUCGUGGAUAAUAAUGAGUCAGUUUGCAACUCACAUAAUUCUGAUUGAAGUGCAGCAUCUUGCUUUUCAAUUUCAACUGCCAUUGGAUUAUUAAACAAAUUUAUUUGAGGACGCGUAAGUUCAACUUCUUCAAAUCGUCUUUCGAAUUCUACAGUUAAUUCAUGCCAGUGGGUAAUGCAAUUUUCAAAAUUGAACUCGUUAAAAUGUUGAGAAAUAUUAGUUAAAAAUGCCAAUUAACAUAGAAAUUGUUUAUCAAUCAUUUAGUUUUCUAAAUAAGUGGUUUCAGUUGUACUAUUCGUUUAGGAAACUCAAGUAUUUCUUUUCUCAAAACAAAAUAUCGUUCGAGACACUUUCCACUACUAAGUUUCUGUAAAUAUGUAAUAAAAUUACGAAUUGCACUAUCAGUGUCAGUUAUACCCGUGGUCUUCAAUCAGUGGGUCGCGANUUUAGUAUGACAUUAAAAAUAAGAGUUAACCAGGCUAAUAAUAAAACAAAUAUAUUAUAUUAUUAUCGUUAGGAUGUUGUCGCUGUGUUUAAAGAUGAAUAAAUGUUAGUCGUGUUAUUGUUCUAAUCAUAUUUAUGUAUCCGUUAAAAAGUUUUUUUUAUUUUUAUUUAUUUAUUUAUAACAAUACUACUACAAAGUAUUAAGUAAUUUUAGAUGUUUUGUUUUUUUGUUUUUCUACAAACAUUUUUCUUUAUGUAUGCCUUUUAUAGGUCGCGAAUAAUGUAUGCUUAAAAAAGUGGGUUGCCAAUAAUGUUCGCCUAAAAAAGUGGGAUGUGAGUCCAAAAAGGUUGAAGACCAUUGAGCUAAAAGACAUGUCACUGUGCAUCUUGAAAGUGAUAUUUUUUUAAAUUCACUAGCAAUUUUGUUUUAAUUUAUUGUUUCAGUCAUUUUUAUUGCACAGUUUUUAACAAAUUCGUCAUCACUCAACGAGUUUUUAGAUUUUGCUAUUUCAUUAGAAAUAAUAUAUGAAGCUACUAAACUGGAUUGUUGUGAAGUUGUUGUUGUUGUUGUCAUCACAUUUUGUUAUAAUUGA